UUUACAUAACAUGAAUUCUUGAAUGCAAUAUUUACGAAUAUGUAUUUGACGAUUCGACACACAACAUUAGAAUUUAAACAAUAAUUGGAAAAUGAAGAUUCACAUUUUAAAUAAAUUAAGAUCUGUUGUAUUUCGAAAUACAAGCAAUCAAAACAGGACUCUCUUUUACUGGCUCACUAUUAUAUUUAAUAGAGUUGAUGAACAACGCAUAAAAGAACUUGGUCCUGAUCUUGCUUGUGCAGAAUGGCUUUUAAGAAAUGGAGCAUUUGUUAGAUGGAAAGAUUGCUCAGAAGAGUUAACAUGUUAUGAUUCAUUACCAUCCGAAAAAAAUAAUUAUUUCAUUGAGGCUGUUAAUGCUAAUGAUGCUGGAAUUAGUCAUGUUGGGUUUCCAUACUUUGGGUGCAAACAUAUAAAGGAAAUAAAACUUGAAAACUGUAGGUACAUCAAUAAUCAAGCUAUACCAUUAUUGUCAGUUCUUAAAGAUUCGCUAAAUAAACUGGAACUUAUAAAUUGUAAAAGUAUUACCAAUGAAAGUUUACCAGCCAUAAAAGUUUUAAAAAAUUUAGAAAUAUUGAAACUUCAAGGAUUACCGUAUCUCGAAAAUAAAGAUUCAGUUUGCAAAGAACUCAUUGAAGCCCUACCUAACUGUAAAAUUGACAUCUCAUAA